CUUUCAGAAAUGAGCAAUGAACCAGAUGAGCUGCAUGGGUACUAUUAGUGUUACAGCAUGAAUGAUGCUUUCAAUACCUCAAUGACUCAUUGAAUUCCUCAAGAUUGAUCUUCAAUCUCAUGCUAUUCAAGACCCAACUACUAUGCCAAUCAGGAUUGUUUGGAGUCAGUUCCCAUCAGUUCUGCUUGUAUUCAUGCUCAGUAGUGAUAUCAAGUCAUUGAAGGGUCCAGGUGUCUCUGGAGAGGCUUCACAGGAUGGACGUGUUGACCACCUGGAAACGUUCCAACGAUUACUGAAGGAGAAACACAUGCUACAAGUCCUGUCUCUCAAUGAUCUCAUGAAGGGGAAUGACAACAUCUCAAAGAUUCCCAAACUAACUGCUCUUAUUUGGGAGAAAUUAAAAGAGGUUGUGAUGAAGAACAGGCUCAUUCUGCAAGAAUCUGGCUUCAUUCCUGGUUCAGAAUUCCCUGAGAUGAGAAACAUCCAGGAGGCACUGGCAUUGGUGAUUGAGAAUACGGGCAUGUUUGCAGAGUGGCUUUUGAGGUUUCCACACCCAACAAAGCAACUCUUGGACAAGGACAACCAUGGAAAACUACUACUUACAUGGGGAAUUACCUUUUCACUGGAGACAGGAUUUCUUACUCCAGAGUAUAGGACCCUUCUGCAUUAUAUACUGAUGUACUUGUUGCUCCAAAUGACAAAGGCAUCACAGGAGCUUGGUAUUGGAGAUUUAGACCCCAACUACAAGAACCCAUUCCGUCAAACUAUUGGGGAUCCUACUAGUGAAAAGCUAGUCAUUUCCUCAGAAGAGGACUGGAAAGAGAAUAUAAAGCAAAAAAAGAAGCCCAAGUCUAAGUCUACCUCAACAUCCAAGCCGCAUUCAAGAGCCACCCGGCAUGACUGUCACGCGAUGCUGGCUGUCGCCAUGAUUGAUAUCUUCGAUGCUUGA